AUGGGUUCAUCUUCAAAGCCACCAGAUGACACGAUUAUGAAGGAAAUUAAUCAUGGACAAACAACAAAUAAUAAGGAUCAAUCAUCCCCGAAACCAUCAGUUCCGUUGAACUUUAGAGAUGCAGUAGCAUCAUCAUCACAAUGGUUUAUGGAGGCAAGGAAAAUUAUAACUACGUCUUUGGAAUGGGAAGAAGUAGAGGAGAAAGUACCGGAGAACAGUUUAGCGGUGGCGUUUGAUAAGAUCACACUUGAUAGGUUAAGAGCACCAUGGAAGCUUACUCUUAUGGGCAAGUGCAUGGGAAUUCAAGUAAAAGCAAAUUAUUUGGAAGCGAGAGUUCGAGCGAUGUGGAGAAUAAAAGGUUCAUUGGAAGUCAUCGAUAUUGGUAAGCAGGUUUAUUUGUUCAAAUUCACACAAAAUGAUGAUUAUGAGCGUGCGUUGUUCGGAGGUCCUUGGUUCAUCAUGGACCAUUAUCUAAUGAUAUCAACUUGGAAACCAAAUUUUAGACCAUCAGUGAAUGAAUUUGAUUUCAUGUCAGUCUGGGUAAGGAUUGAAGAAUUACCGGUGGAAUAUUGCGAUAAAUAUGCGUUAUAUGAGAUUGCCAAAGUCAUUGGGAAGCCUAUUAGGGUUGAUUAUGCAACUGAUAAAGUGUCACGAGCACGGUAUGCAAGGGUGUGUGUGGAAAUUGAUCUAAGAAAGCCGAUUAUCACAAAGGUGUGGGUUGGUGGAUUUUGGCAGCCUGUGGUGUAUGAGAACAUCACGUCUCUUUGUUUUAAAUGUGGCAAAAUAGGUCACGUUUUGGAGAAAUGUGAUCAAAAUGAUGGUGUUGAGUUGGACAAUACUCAACAGAUAACUGAGCCCAAUAAGCAUGGACAGGUCGAGGCCCAUAUGGAAGUGGAUUUGAAAAAUCAGCAUAAUAACAUGGAUAUUAGGGAACCAAAGACACAGGAGUUGGAUUUGUAUGGUCCAUGGACUUUAGUCCAAAACAAGCGAAGCCCAAAACCUAAUUUUGGAAAACAACGACAGAUUAAUACCCGGAUUAAUGAGUAUAAGAAAAACUCAGCAUCAAAAGUUGCGACACCCACAUCAUUAAAUGGGGUUUACUUGAAAACACCAAGAGAUAAGAAAACCAACCAAUUAGAAGGGGAAGUUAAUGAGCCAGUGUUAGUUGCCCCAGAUCACACUUUACUGGAGAUUAGCGUUGCGCCGGUGUUAAUUCAAGAAGAGGAUGCAAACACGGUACACCUGGCGAAUUCGUUCAACCACUUGGCGAAUACGAAUGAUUCACCUUCUGCCUUUCCUACUCCUCCUCUUCCUUUUAACAGUAUGGUAAACCAAGUUAACAAAUUCUCCUUCUUUGUUAACCAAUCCACUUUCUCCCUCUUCUGA